GGCUGAAUCCUCCGAAAGAGAGCCGGAUUGGAAUUUUGGCCUCCGUACUGGAGCGAGACAUCAGGUGCUAUCUUGCAUCAGAAGUCGAUCAGUCGUUCCAAGAAGAUCUCUUUCCCGCACACGCUGAUUAAGACCACGUUGUCCAGUGUUCACUUGACCAUGCAGAGGGUAUGUUCCUCUGGGCGAGGCUCAUGGUGACUUUUCGAAUGUGCCGAGCAUGACCAAGGCGCAGCGCCUCGACUCUGCCGUUAGACCACCAUCGGAAGACCUGGACCGAUUGGACGAUAUGUAUUGGCGCAUCAGGCAGCGACUUCUAUCGCAUGACAUCCACAGCAAGAGCCUUGACCAGAAUGCCCUCACCUGGGCAGCGCAUUCAUCGCUCCAAUCACCCGAGCUAAGAGACGCCAUCUGUCCUGAGGGCUGGGACAUGGACGGCGGCGGUACAACCACCCGCUUCGAUCACGCAGUCGUUCUUUCUUGCUGCGGGCUGAUAGAAAAGGGUGCGCACGGCACGUACCAGUACAUCCAUCUGACGGCUUUAGAUUUCGUCCAGCGGAGCGGUCUGAUUCCUCCGCCGCCCGAGGCCAAAGCCACCAUGGCAGGUCGGUGCAUCUCUUACCUUGCCUUCAGCCUGCCCCAGAAACCUCUGUCCGGAGAUAUGCACAAAAGCGCCGACCGGAUCGAAGUACGACGAAAGUGGCCUCUGCUCCAGGUCUCCGCCGCGGGAUGGGCGUCACUAGCAAUCGACGCCCUCAUGAUGGAAGACUCGACGGCUCGCAAGUCAGAAGUCGUGGAGGAAAUGAUCACACUCGGUCUUCGAUAUCUAAAGAUGGGACUCGGCCUGAUGGUAUGGAUUGAGUCACUGUAUACCCUUGGAGUCGCAACUAGCCUUCUUGGAUAUCAAAGCUCGAGUCAAAGAUACAGCCUUGGAGGGAAAGUCUCGGGUUCGAGUCAAACCACAAUCUUCUUGCAGGGUUUGGAGCGCCUCAUGGAGGAUGUGAAGGCAAUGCACCGAGAAUGGGGACCAUCACUAGAGGAGAGUCCUGCCGAGAUUUGGAGGGACAUCACGGCAUUCACAACAAGCAAGUUCCUCGUGAAGACAAAAGCAGUACAGGUCGAGACGCUUACUUCUGACUUACGUAUAUCCGGGACUCAAGACCCUGAACUCUCCGUCAAGCCUACGUUUUCAACCAGCACGACUUCACCCGACGCUUCUCUCCUUGCUAACCUCGGCAUAUUUCCAUCAAAAUACUUCAGAAUGGGCUGGAACGAAUAUGGGGACAUACCAUGCUGUAAAGAUAGUGGCACCAUAUCACGUCCAAAAUUCCCAUUCCAACAAAUUCCCAGGUGUCCCCAAACGCUACAAGAGGUGCAAGAUACGUGCAUAAGGUGUUUCUGGUCCGAAAAGAUGGCCAACGACACAGCCCAACAAGUCUUCGUCUCGACUUCCACGCGACACGACGCAUAAUCUGGAGCCCGUUUUGCACGUUUGGCGCGGGCUACUCCUACGAAGUAUUCUGGAGCCCAGACUCGAAAUACCUCGGCUUUUCCGACGUCACCGCUUCUGGAGAUAUCUGCUUGGCCGUUUUUGACACUUCAGGCGGAUUUGCCUCUGGUUGAGCGCCGUCUCUGGUCAGAUACGCGUCCCUAAAGCCUUGUUUAAGUGUUAUGCUGGCUUGCUUCCAAUUUCAUCCAAAGAUGCCUUUGUUGUUGUUCCUGGAAGGCCCAGACGUUAUGCUGUGGCGUUUCCAAGACGCAGGU